GCUCAGUGUGGUUUUAUUCAAAUCAUCUGCUGGUACAAAUAGUCCCACACUCACAGAAAGCUAAACUCCAGACCCCUCAGGUCUCCGUUCUCACUCGAGGUGUUUGUCGGGGCUUGAGCGAUGGCACAGAGCUGUCCGGAGGGUCAGUACAUGGACAGGCUGCUGCGAGAGUGUGUGUCCUGCAGUAUGAUCUGCCACGACUCUGUGAUUCCCACACGCUGCUCUCAAUACUGCGUGGCCUGGAGAUGUAAAGCCGUGUCCGGUCAGUUCUACGACACGCUGCUGAAGAAGUGUCUGAAGUGCUCCGAGCUGUGCGGCAGUCAUCCAGAGGCCUGCGCAGACGCAUGCAGGAGAGCGGUGUUCGUGACGCAGAGGCCUGAUGUCGGCGGCUCUGCAGUGCAGCUGGUCCCCGGCAGAGGGCGCUCGGUGUCCGGAUCAGCGCUGUACUCGGAGGCGCUGCUCUACUCGCUGCUAGGCCUCUGCAUCAUCGUGCUGCUGUUCUCGCUGACCGCUGCGUUCCUGCUGCUGCUCAAGAGAGCCAAACACCAGCCACCGCUGGACACCAAGAAACAGCAGCCCAACAAACACGGACAGUCCUCCGAAGAUUCUCUGAUGGCUCGGGCGGAUGAAGAGUCUCCGGAGCGGCCGAGGGCCACAGAAACCUGCGUCUACUGCUUCUCUGAGCACACAGACGCGCUCCAGACACACAGCGAGAAGAGCCGAGCGCUCCGGAUCAUCUGCUCACCCACACACACCAGCAUCUCAACAUAGCCACGCACACAGAACUACCGCACGUCACUCCUCAAGGAUUCCUAUGGAAAAUAACUUCAGCUUAGUUUUAAUAAAUGCUGUAUUUUAUAGAGCACAACACACUUUGAAGGCCUCUUGACUCUGAAAGUACCUCUCAUUCAAUUUCAUAAAAUUAAUCAUUAU